CUAGACUGUCAACUGCAAGUAAUAAAACCCAGCAUUGGGAAAAUUACUUUAUUAGAUGAGUUUUCUCUCUGAAGUUGAACAUGUAACUUUCACACUAUGCUUUUGACCUGGAAUUAAUCCUUAGCGUCAAACAGUUCCUCCAGUUUCUAAGAAAUUCUCUCUGCAAGUGUUUUUGAUGUCAAAUAAUCAAGGACAUUGUGUGGCAAGCCUGACCGAAUUGGAUUCUUAAUAUCACGACUUUGGUGGCACGAUUCCACGAAAGCCGGAAUGUUCCCAAUCACAUCGGCUCGUGGCAUUAUUCACAUAAUUUCCCUACUUUCUCCGCUCAUUUUUCUCUCAAAUGUAUCAUCUGCAGAUGAGACGGUGGGAUUUGGUGAGCGUUGCACAACACCACAACGCAAAUUGAGAGCAGUAAAAAUACAACAGAGGCAAAGUCCCAUCCUGAAAGUUCAAGUCCACUCUGAUAAUCAUGCAAAGUUACAAAACUUGUUCAACAAGUUGCAAUCUAAUCGUGAUGAUAACCACGUGACGGAUGAGAAAGUUGGAAAUGUAAAUAUCAAGUAUUUCGCAGAGGAACAGCUGGAACAAGCAGCUGAUAUAAGCCCAUUGAAACAAAGGGAUUCAUAUGAUGAACCCAAUUACUUGACUGAUGAUGAGACAAGGGCUGGGUCGUCGCAAUCAGAUUUUGAUGAUAAUUUUGAACAAAGACCAAUGCACCCAAGUUUAUCGAGAUCGUUGUAUAAUGGAGAAAAUUUUGAAGCAAGGUUCGCCAGUAAUGCUGCAAAAAUGGAAGAUUUAACCACAAAUUCUUCUCAAGAUUAUACACCUUCGCCUCAAAAUUCUUCCCCAUUUGUUCAAAUGUCACUUGCAGAUCCAAUUUCAGAAGAAUUGACCACUAACGGUGAUGCAGCCACUUUCACAACUUUGCCUCCUGAUGUCACGCCUACUACGUCGUCCACUGAUUCGACAGUGAGUGACACUUUUAAAUUAAUUUCUUUGACUCAAAACCAAAAGUCAACGGAGGAAACUAAUCGCAACGCUGAUGAGACUGGGAGUGACACUCAACCACAACAGGAGACUUUGACAACUGUGAUGAUGAGUCAAACUGAGACGACGACGAGUAUUUCGAGAGAAUUUAGUUCUCAACAGCUUAUGACUGAUGGCAUAUCAUCAUCCACAUGGAUGGGACAAGAUGGGACGACGUCUCAAAUCAUUAAUACGACGCCCAUGGAACUUGUCACAUCGCCAAAAAUGAUGGAGACAACGGCACAAACUGUUUCUCAAGCGGGGGUGACAGCAUCCGGAGAAAGUUCUAGCUACACGAGCAACGAGGCAGUGCUAAGUUCCACUACUCAAUCCAUGGGUACUGAUCAAUUUAGUUCAGCGUCUCAAAUAACGACAACGAUACCUACGACCUCACACAUGCAAGAUGACCCUGAAACAACAACCUCACCAAUGCCAGACUUGGCUAGCAUCACCACCACCGAAUCAAUUAUGGGAACAACUCAGGUGCAAAUGUCAACGUCUCCAAAUUCUUUAUCAACAUUCGUCCCCGAAACUUUAUCCACUACAUUGCCAAGCAUUACUACAAACACAAACAGGGCAGAACAGGAUUCUGUAUCCACCACUCGAGUAAUGGAAACGACGACUUUUUUCAGCCCAAGUUCAACGAUAUCAUCAACAUCUGAGUCAGAUUCGAGCGAUUCGAGCCCAGAAACAAGCUUAUCUGCAAAGUCAACAACAACUCCGCUGGCACCGGCGACGACUAAUUCACAAAAUACUGAUAAGUCAACGACUGAUUCAUCCAUAACGCAUGAUAACAACAUCAAUCCUACACAACUAACCACUUCAUCAGAAAUAGUUCCUGACCAAAAAACAAAUUCUGAUCAUGAUGAUAUGUCCACUACUCGAAUGUCAAUCAUCACCACAUGGCAGUCCUCAUCACCACAUGCUGCUUCCCAUGCCCCCGAAACUUCAACCUUAAAUCCGCCCCAAUUUUAUUGCAACGUAGCCCAGUGGUUGCACUGCGAUACAACUAAUUUCACUUGUAAAUGCGGCGAGGGGAUGAGAUACGACGAGGAGAUGGCGACAUGCGUUAGCGAAGUGGGGAAAGAAUGCCAAAACGGUGGUGAAAGCAAAAAUAGCACCAAGUCGUGCAUUCACACCAUUUCACAAUUACAAGCUUGCCACUUAAUUUUGUAUAAAAUUCAAUAAUUAUUCGCAUCCGUACUUAAAAAUGUUGAAGGUUUCGAUUCUUCUACUGCUUGGCUGGCUGGGGUCAAUCAUCGAAAUCAUCGAAAUCAUCGAAUCGACUCGAAUAUCACGCACGUACACAUGCGAAAAAUGAUCUGUGUGAUGUUUGAUCUGAGUUCUACAAUUGAGCUCGUCACUGCCAUCCUAAUUAAUUCUGACAAGAUUUAUUAACUGAAUGUGUAAAACUGCGAUAAUAUCAAUAAAGAAAAUAAGCAUCUUUA